ACUGCGAGCCGCCGCAGUACCUCGAUCACCAAAGCAGAGCAGAGAUAGCAGCAAGCAGGCAUCCCCACGCUGCGCAGGCUAACUCGCUUUUGACUUUGGCUCGAGAUGGAGACACGCUGGACCAAAAGACGCACAUGGACCAACUUUAAAGGUGGACUGACGCUAUGGCUGAUACUGUGGCUGGUGGUGGUGAAGCCGGGCAGGGUUGCAGCGUGCCCCAGGCUCUGUGUCUGUUACCCCUCGCCCAUGACGGUCAGCUGCCAAUCCCAGAAUCUCAGUGUAGUCCCAUCAGAUGUCCCCUAUGACUCUCAACGUGUUUUCCUGCAAAACAACCGCAUCACUGAACUUCGUGCUGACUCCUUUGGCUUUGAAACACAGGUGCUUUGGUUGUACGGCAACAACAUUACGUGGAUUGAGGCUGGGGCUUUCAGUAACCUGCGGGUUCUGGAGGAGCUGGACCUGGGAGAUAACCCCUCUCUGCGGCAUUUGGAGGGGGGUGCCUUCAGAGGGCUGGAGAAGUUGCAGAGCCUGCACAUGCAUCGCUGCAAGCUGGCCACUCUCCCCCAUGACCUCUUCCACAAGUUGUAUAGUCUCCAGUUCCUUUAUCUACAGGACAAUCAGCUCCACUUCCUUCAGGAUGAUCUGUUCUCAGACCUGGUUAACCUCACUCAUCUCUUUCUUCAUGGGAACCGCAUUCGUGCUUUGUCUGAAAAUGUCUUCAGAGGUUUGGUGAAUCUUGAUCGCCUCCUUCUCCAUGACAACCGUAUCCGUCAGGUGCACCGCAAGUCCUUCAGGGACCUGGGCCGCCUGACCAUCUUGUACCUGUUCAAUAACUCCCUGGCUGAGCUGCCAGGACAGACCAUGAGGGAUGUUCAGGACAUCCAGUUCCUCCGUCUCAACGGUAACCCCUGGUCAUGUGGCUGUGAGGCCCAGCCUUUGUGGGAGUGGUUUCGGAAAUCCCGAAUCUCAUCCUCUGAGGUUGUGUGCACCUCACCCUCCCAGCGCCGUGGCCAGGACCUCAGGUUCCUCCGCGAGCUGGACUUUGCCCUUUGUCCUGUACCUGAUCCAGGCUCUAUGGCAGGGACCACCACUACCACAUUCAGCACCAAGACACGCUGGUGGUUCUCCAAAAACAAGCCUGCAUCUUCUUCAAAAUCACUGUAUCAGAAAAACUCUGAAACAGUGAAAACAUUCCCCUUUACUGCACCUAAAGCCCAGUCCCCUGCCAAAACCGCCAUUGAGUCUGUCCCAGCUAAGUAUGAGAUGUCAGAGGACGAGGCGGCGCUGCCUAAGCUCGACCCAGAGGAAUACUGGGCGAAUUAUGGCAAUGAAGAUGCCUCUAUCCGCUGUUUUGAACUUGAGUGUCCUCCGGGUUUUGAUGAGUCUGCCUUCUAUUCAUCCUCCACUCUAACCCGGGUCCCGUCCUUCCUCCACCUACUUACUUUGUCUGUAGUGGCCAUUUCACUGCAUUUAGUGUUUGGCUGAAACUCUCUUUCUCCCUCCACUCUGAUGUGUCACUGCUCUCUCACCUGUGAAAGUUGAUGCAGAUGAUCAACUAUGAUAAGCAAUAGGUGAGAGUAAAUAUACAAAAUGUGAGGCAAGAUUUGCGGUCACUGCCGUACAAACCACAGGCAGGUGCUAAAAAGGCAUUUUGAACCAAAAUGACAGUAUACAAGAGCAGAAACAGUCGGCCAAGAUGAACGUUAGUAUCUGAGGCAGACAUGAAACAAUGCAGGCAUUGUUGAUAUACCAGCAUUUUAAUACAUUUGAAUAUUUGAAAAGUAUUUAUUUGUUGUAAUCUCAUUAUUUAGAGAUAACAUGCAUGUACAUAAAUAAAGCAGCUUAUGCAUUUUAGACUAGAAGGUAACUUGUUAAGGUGGAACAAGAUAAGUGUGUUGAACAAUCUCUUUUUAUCCUCAUGUUUUUGACUUUUCACUGCACUCCAUAAUGAUGUAAACCAGUCCUCACUCAUGUUCCCUUCUAAAAAUGAACAGAAAGUAAUGGUAUUGUUCAAUAAUCAAGAGCUUGGUGGAAGGAACCACACAUGACAAAUCCUCAUCAGGGUUUAACUCCUCAUAUAUUGAAUUGUCACCGUUUAUCACCAAGAAUCAACAAUACCAAAGCUCCAAAACCCUCAGCAGCCUUUGGACCUGUAGUGAGUGUGUGUGUGAUGAGUGAACGAAUAUGAACCCAAACUAAUUUAACAUGUGUUAGUGUGAUGUUAGUCCUUGUUGUAUUUUUUGUAAAGUUCUGAUUUUGCCUUUAAAUUGUUAUUUUAAUGAUUCAGUAGGGUGUUAUACCUAUAGCCAAUCUCCUUUGAUUGUAUAUGCAUUAAGUCCUUUGUACGACCCAUAUGUCAGAAAUACUGUGACUGUGUUCUGUUUAAUUUGAAGUGUUUUUAUUAAU